GCAGGUUGUUUGUCGAAAUCGUUUUUUUCGCAACAGGUUUUGAGAAAGGACAAAGACGCCGGACUUCGAGGGAAUCGAGCAGAGCCCGGGUGCUACACCCGAGAACUUCGUCAAGGCUUUGGAAAAGAGAGAGAUGGCACGGCUUCAUGUGCCCAAGUUUAACAUCUUCCACUUCAAUGGGGAUAGGGUGUCCGAGUGGCUUGAGUUGUUGGAGCAGGUCACUUGCGAGGCGUCAGAGGCAGAUAAAUUCAAGCUGAUGCCUAGGUACAUAUGGUGGAAGCUUAGACCUGAGGUAAUGAAAGUAGCGGCCGGCGCAAAUGGUGAGUGGGCAAAGCUUAAAGAGGAGAUGCAGUGGCGUCUCAAGUUAGGGGACGGCAUGCUCACAAAAGAAGACUUGGAAAUGUUGAGACGGGACGAGUUCUCCACGGUAAGAGCCUUUGCCACAGCAUUUGAGAAGAUGGCAAAGAAAGUCCCAGGGCUGGCAGAAGAAGUGCCGCCGUCAAGAGCCGAAAGGGCAGCUUUGGCGGCACGCACUAGAUCGAAGGAGGCACUCGACUCCAGCCAGCCCACUAAGGACAACCCGGGACCGAGUGGUGAGAAAGAGACUGUAGAUAUUCCCGAGGAUGAGGAGGAUGAGGAUGAAAGGUUAAAGACGGAAGAGGACAAGAAGGCUGAAGAAAGAGCCAAGAAGAGGGAUGCAAAGGUCGGCGCUGGUAAGGAACAAGAGGGCAAGAGAAGGAAGUAUAGAGUCAAGUUAGAGGAAGGGUUCGACGUGGAAGGGAUGGUCGAUAGGCUCCUCAAGGGCCAUAACGACCUGUUGAACUUGAAAGAUAUCCUCGCCUCGGCUCCAAAAUUGCGAGACGAGUUAAAGGCUCGUUUGUCCCGACGAUUGGUGGCGAGCGUAUGUUUGGGGACUGUCAUCCCUAAAGAAGGAGAGUGGGCUGAGACAGGCACUAAGAUGGACUGGAAGUCCGUUGCAUGUGGGUGCGUAGAAGUGAUGGUAAAGCUAAAGCUGUGCACCGCGAUGGUAGACACGGGAGCGGAAAUGAACCUCAUAAAAGAGGAGCAUGCUUUACGCUUGGGGAUGGAGAUUGAUCGCUCCGAUAAUGGAGUUUUAAUGGGAGCGAAUAGUCGGUCUGUGUUCAUAGGGACUGCAUCGAGCGUGGUUUUGAAGAUUGACAAGGUUAAAGUGAGAAGCUGUUUCUUUGUGAUGCCCGAUCUCGACCAUCCCAUCCUAUUGGGCCGAUCCUUUUUUAGCCGAACGGAGACCGUCAUACUGAAUAAGCAUGAUGGGACGAUGUUCCUCGUCUUAUGUGACUCGGUAGAAGGGCACGAGAGAUCGAUAGGUGGGAUAUACCUCUUGACAAACGCUCUGCUUCAAGACGAGGUGGCAAGGAUCGGGGAUCAGCGGCAAGGUGAGAAUGAGAAUGUAAUCCACGAAGGAGAGGACGACGAUCUUGAGAAGGGAGAGAUAAAAGAGGUUUUUCGCAUGGAGGAGUAUGACGGGAUAUAUCUGGAGUUAAUAAUGCUCCUUUCGUGUGAAAUGAGAGAAAGGGAUGCAUGCGAGAAAGUCCUCAAGAUGCGGUCAAAUUUCUUGGUAAGGAACGACCAUCUGUUUAUCACGAGUAAAGGAAAGAGGCCCAAAAGGGUGGUUUGUGGCGUAAACCAUCAGAUCGAUGUUAUGGCAGCCCUUCAUGACGGGACGGCAGGUGGCCAUAGGAGUGCGGAUGCGACAUACUUAAAGAUUCACGACUUGUAUUACUGGGAUGGAAUGGGACACAUGAUCGAGAAGUAUUGUAAGUCUUGUGUACCGUGUCAGGAGCGUUCCUCCCUUAGGCCAAGGGAGCCGCUUUACCCAAGGUAUGUUCGCGAGGUUGGGGCGGUCGUACACCUGGAUUUGUUGGCAAUGCCGCUAGGGGUAGGAGAAUAUAACUUCAUCUUCGAUGCACGAGACAACCUCUCCGGUUUUGUAGAUGGCCGAGCCAUACGCACAAAAACUGUUGAGACCUUGGCUCGAUGCAUUGAGGAGUAUUACCUCCGCUAUCCUUUUGUCUCCGGAUUCGUAAUGGACAGAGGGUCCGAAUUCACUUGUGCUGAGGUGAAAAAACUGUUGAGAGGGUAUGGAGUGAUCGCAAAGUAUACUACUGCGGCGCACCCUCAAGCUAAUGCACCUAUGGAAAGAGGUCAUAGUACGAUUAUGAACCUCCUCGCUAAAUGGACGUGUGGUAGGCCAAAUCAGUGGCCUAACUUCCUGAGGGUCGCCUUCUUCGUGGAUAACAUCACUGUUAGAAGAAGCACCAACUACGCGCCAGCAACGUUGUGGUAUGACAGACAUGCGACCUUCCCUAUCGAAAGCUUCCUAAAGACUUGGAGGCGGCAGGACCUCGAGACAAACUUGUCAUUUGAGAAACUGCUAGACUUAAGAGCUCGUCAGAUUAAUGCCAUAGAGGACAAAACUGAAAGUGCGGCGAGUAAGGUGGCUGACUGUCGACAGAGGGAUAAGUUCAGGUGGGAUAAGAUGGCAAGGGACAACUUUGAUAAGUUGUUCGAGGCAACAGGGAGGCCCAGGGAGCAGCAUCAGGAGAUGGGGGUUAAGCUGGUCUCUACAGACUUGCUUAGCCUAAAGGGCCUUAUGAAAGAGGGUUUUGCGGCAGCCAAGACUUCUGAUGAAAAGAUGGAGAAGAGGUUGACAAGGGUGGCGCGGGCAUUUCAUGAGCAGAGAAUGGACUGGCAGAAAGAAAUAGGAGAUCUCAAGAAGGAGUUGGAGAGGCAGAACAAGGAAGUGGAGGCCAUGAAGAUUGAGAUGGAGAAGGUUUGGUCAGGGAAUGAGGCCAUCAGACAGGUCAACCAGACCCUUAACAAGGUCAAUGACAAUCUGAGGGCUUACUUGCAGAUACAGCAGAACACCUUUCAAGUAAAGGAGGCAAAGUGGGAAAAGAGAAUCAUGGACCUUGAGGCCAAGUGUGCACAGCAGGCACCUACUGCAGUGGUAGACUGGACAGAGGUCUAGAGGUUUAAGAUAACGAAGCAGCCUGCAGAGGAGGCCUUCAAGUGUCAAAAGGUGGAAGAGAGGGCAAAUGAACAGAAGGAUGAGGA